AUGGCUUCUAUCGACAAUUCAAGAGAUCACCGAGAAGCAUGCGUCCGAAUCCCUUCAGAAGAUUAUCACGACCAAGGAAUUUCCUCACUCCUGGGGCCAAAAUUCUAUAGUGGGACAAUUGUUCGUAUUGAAGGGUCGUCUACGACUGACGAUAGUGUCGUCGUUAUCGGUGCUCACCAAGACAGCACCAACCUGUGGCCAUUCCUUCCUGCACCUGGGGCUGACGAUGAUGGGUCUGGAACUGUGACCAUCUUGGAAUCCUACCGUGCACUUAUUGCCGCAGACUUCCGACCUACUCGUACAAUUGAAUUCCACUGGUACUCUGCAGAGGAGGGUGGGCUGUUGGGAUCUCAGGCCAUCGCCAAAGAUUAUGAGGACCGCUCCAUCAAUGUCAUUGCCAUGAGUCAGCUAGUUCGAUAUGACGGCAUGGGUCAAGGUUAUUCAUUCUUCCUAUCGCUUGUGAAGAAACUCAACCAUGUUUUCAACAGAGGGGAACACGCGAGGAAGUGGGGAUCAUCACAGACUUCACCGAUGGCGGGUAAGAGAAUCGAACUAGAUUUUUAUGCUGAAUUUUCCACAUUUUCUGAAACUGGGUUUAGCCUCACAAAUUUCAACAAGGCUUUGGUUGACUUGUACCUCGAUAUUCCAUAUGCAGAGACUAAAUGCGGAUACGCUUGCAGUGAUCAGUUGAGGGAUACAAUCACUCUGGCUCCAGCCGUACACGCUGACCAUUAA